AACUUUGAUGACACGAUGGAGGAAAACAAUAAAGUGGUCUUUGAUCAUGUUAGAAUAACCCCUCUGUCAGAGUCUCAGCUGGACUUCUACGGUCAGCCGUACUCUGUGUCCGUCCUUAAAGUCGGAUACUGUCUUCCUCAGAGCGACGGGACGUUUAGAGCCGACGGGACCGUUACCCUCGUAACAGGACCCAGGACAAUUCUGGUGGACACCGGUGGACCGUGGGGCCGAGACUUUCUCCUAAUGGCGUUACAGGAGAGGGGUCUGGGACCGGGAGACAUCAGCUUGGUCGUGGGGACUCACGGCCAUUCAGACCAUGUAGGAAAUCUGAGUCUUUUUCCAAAAGCAGUAAUAAUUGUAGGAUAUGAUAUCAGUGAGGGGGACACAUACCGUCCCAACAAGCUGGCCGAGGGGCACGCGUACUCUCUUGAUGAGCAUAUAUCUGUGGUUCCCUGUCCAGGUCACACAGGACAAGAUGUAAGCGUCCAGGUGAAGGGAACCUCAGCAGGCACAGUGCUUGUUGCAGGGGAUUUAUUUGAGUGCUGCUCAGAUGAGGACAGCUGGCGGGAUCUAAGUGUGAAUGCUGCAGUACAGGAGGUCAGCAGACAGGAGGCACUACGCACUGCAGAUGUCAUCAUACCUGGACAUGGACUCCCAUUUAGAGUCCUCAGGAACUGAUAAACCAGCCUCACCAGUCAGUGCUGGGUUUUGUCAGGAAGUGACUUGAUUGACUGAGGUGAGGUGGAGUUUGCCAACUUAACUGGAACUGCUUAAAAAAAAUGUCACCAUACUAAGAUUUUUACUGUUUUCAUUCCAGCUAAAGUUUACACGGGGUCAUCUUAACACAGAGACGGGCUGCUCCUCAGUUACCAACCAACUAAUGUGACUACACAGGAAAAAACAAAAACAUGUACAUUUGUCAUUGUAAACAAAAUUUCACUUACUGUACAAUAUGUUGAUGCCCCAGAUAAGCAGAGAAAAUGGAUCGAUCGAUGGAUGCAUAGAUGGACUCAUGACAUGUAUUAAUUGUACUUGUUUUCACAUCUUCAGCCAUGUAACGAACAAAAUGUGGAAUAAAUGUCAAAUUUCAAUGUGAAACACUAGAGUAAAGCACUGUGGUUUUAGUUGUGUGAGUAAAAGUAAAAUAGCAAAGCCCCUACAUUUUAUUUUAUUUUUUUAUUUUUUUAGUCUUUUUUUAUUUGUUUGGGGCAAAUGUGGCUCAGGAGGAAGAGCAGUCGUCCACAGAAGGUUGGUGGUUUGAUCCCUGGCCUCGGCAGUCACAUGUCGAAGUAUCCUUGAAGAAGUUGCUCCUGAUGCUGUGCGUGGGUGUUUGAGUGCGUUAAUGCUUGUAAUGAGCCGGUGGCCUGGCUACCAUGGGUGAAUGCAGACUUGUGUUGUAAAGCACUUUGAGUGGUCUAAUUCAGUACUGGGUUUCUUCAUUUUGGUAAUGUUUUUAA